AUCAUUUCUUGGGAAAAGAAACGAGGGAAAUGUGUUGGGAACGACGGUAUUGUAAAACUUUGAAAGAAUUGGCAGUGGCGUAUACAGUGUGGGUGUGUGUCUCGUUACUGAUAAGAACUGACAGUUAUAAAGUGAGCUUGCCGGAAGAUUUUCCUUUCAGCCAAUGCAGCCGCCCCACAGCAAACAACAGGAGAAAUCCAUAUUGAUUGGAGGCAGCUGACUCAAAGACAUGACCGAAGUUCACAUUAGUGACACAUCUUUUCGAAAGGCCUUCAAAAUGGGGGAUUAUGCUCGCUAAAUCUCCGCAGUAAACAGCUUUGUGUGUAGUGUGUGUGAGUGAUUACCGGCAGUGAGUUUUCCGAUCCAGAACAGCUCUGGAGAAUGGAGCGUAGGAGCAGAACUCGUGUAGCGGUGAUAGGAGGCGGGCCGGCGGGGCUUUGGGCUGCCCGGCACAUCCUGUCUAGGCCCGAGGCCUUUGAUCCACCCGUGGUGUAUGAAAUGACCGAUCAUUUGGGUGGGACGUGGUUCUAUGAGGAACGAGUGGGCACAUAUGACAAUGGGUAUCCCAUCCACAGCAGUAUGUAUAGGGAUCUCAGGACCAAUUUGCCUAAGGAGAUUAUGAUGUUCCCUGAUUUUCCCUUUGAUGACCGCCUGAAUUCUUUUUUGCACCAUACAUCGGUUCAGCAGUAUUUGGAAAAAUACUGUGAGAAACAUGAUAUUGCUCGUCAUAUCAAGUUCAGCACCGUGGUGGAAAAGGUGAAGCCCGUCUCCAUGGAGACGGAGACGGGGGGAGCUGUGACGUGGGAGGUAAUUUCGCGCAGCACACGUGGAGACCAGAACACGCAGACGUUUGACUCGGUGUUCGUCUGCAACGGGCAUUACUCCGACCCCCACCUGCCCUGCAUUCCUGGAAUUGAGCAUUUUAAAGGGAAAGUCUUGCACAGCCACUCGUACCGCUAUCCAGAGCCCUUCGCCAACAAGUCCGUUGUGGUCUUGGGGGCCAGAGCAUCUGGUGUGGAUAUUUCCAUCGAGUUAGCCCAAGUUAAUGCUCAGGUGAUUCUAAGUCCUAACACACCAACCAUGUCCUUACCUCCUCCUCUGGGUAUCCGGCAGGCUAGCGCUGUUGUUGGGGUUUUAGAGGACGGAUCUUUACAGUUCCAGGAUGGAUCAGUGACCCAGGCUGAUAUUCUUCUGUUCUGUACAGGAUACAACUUUAACUUCCCUUUCCUUUGUCCAUCAGAGCUGGGACUGGACGUACAGGAUCUUUUUGUGACUCCACUCUACAAAUACUUACUGCCCCCUGGCUUCCCUUCAAUUUUCUUUUUUGGCAUUUGCAAAAUUAUUUGCCCUUUCAUACAUUUUGACUGUCAGGUUAAGUUUGCUCUUGCUGUCCUGGAGGGCUCAGUAAAGCUGCCCACCCAGGAAGAGAUGGAGAAGGAAGUGCAGAGAGAGAUGCAACGAAAACAAGACAUAGGUGUGCAGGUGAAGCACCUCCUCAAUUUGGACAAGGAUCAGUGGGAUUAUUACCUGGACCUGGCCAGGGUGGGCCGAUUCACACCCCCUCAGCCAGUGUUUGAGAGUCUCUAUGAAGAGGUGCGCAGACAGAGGCAGAAAGACCCACAGAAAUACAGACAAAUCAACUAUAGGCUCAUUGAUGCCACACAGUGGGAACUUUUGGAAGCUCCACCAGAACAGACAGAUAGAGUUUAGCUACAGUUUGAGGACAAAUGAAUGACAUUUACACUGUAUUGCUUUCUUUUUAUAGGAAAAGAGAGUAUGUAGAAAUGCUGA